CUGUUCAUGAGUCAACGUUGAGUGCCUUAAUCUAUCAAAUAAUUUUCAGCCCAACAAAUAAGCAAAGGUUAUCUGGAAAGUGGGUAGUUCCCCUUUUCAAAUUGUAGUACAAACAAAAACUUUAACAUCUCAGAAAACUCAUUUGUAGUAGUACACAACCCCACCAUUGUACUACAAGUUAUUGUAAGAAGACCCUCUUUGGUUGAUGAUUUAGUUUCUAAUGGCAACUAUAAAGUUCUCUGCUUUGAUGCAAAUCCUUUCAUGGGUUGUCUCCAUUUCUGAUACAUCAGAAACUUUGCCUUGGUUUUUUAGAUUGCAAAUUUGUACCGUAUUACCUUAAUCUUUUGUACCUGGUGUGGUGGAGAAUACAAUUCUUGAAUUGAAGCUUCGUCCCUGUCAGGAAGAUUCAGUUUUCCUUUCAUAAAAAAAGGGAACUUGAGUUAGAGUUGAGGAUUUUGUGAAUCCAAUGGGUACUAUAAGCAGUGAGGAUCACAGAGAGAUUGAGAAUCAUGUUAGAGAAGGCACUGAAGAGGCUCCACCUAUGCCUGAGGAAGUGAGUAGAAUAGCACCAUGGGCGAGACAGAUCACGAUUCGGGGAUUAUUUGCUAGCGUCCUCAUAGGAGUCAUUUACAGUGUGAUUGUGAUGAAGCUGAACCUCACAACUGGUCUAGUCCCCAAUCUCAAUGUCUCAGCUGCUCUCCUUGGCUUUGUGUUCAUCAGAACAUGGACUAAGCUGCUUGAAAAGGCCAAUAUUGUUUCAACUCCAUUCACCAGACAGGAGAAUACAGUAAUCCAGACUUGCGCGGUUGCUUGCUACAGCAUCGCAGUAGGAGGUGGUUUUGGGUCUUACCUCUUGGGAUUGAAUAGGAGGACGUAUGAGCAAGCAGGGAUCGAUACAAAAGGGAAUGCUCCAAAUAGUACCAAGGAACCUGAAGUGGGCUGGAUGACAGGCUUUCUCUUUGUGAGCAGCUUUGUAGGGCUAUUGGCGCUGGUCCCAAUUAGAAAGAUCAUGAUAAUAGACUACAAAUUAACUUAUCCAAGUGGAACUGCUACUGCUGUUCUUAUUAACGGGUUUCAUACUCCUAAAGGAGAUGUUAUGGCCAGGAAGCAGGUUCACGGUUUCAUGAAAUUCUUCUCAUUCAGCUUCCUCUGGGCUUUCUUCCAGUGGUUCUACACGGGUGGAGAUAACUGCGGAUUUAUUCAAUUUCCUACUUUUGGAUUGCAAGCAUGGAGAAACUCAUUUUACUUCGAUUUUAGCAUGACUUAUGUUGGAGCAGGAAUGAUUUGUUCCCAUCUUGUCAAUUUAUCCGUGCUUCUUGGGGCUGUUGUUUCAUGGGGAAUUAUGUGGCCCUUAAUAAAGGGACUAAAAGGAGAAUGGUACCCUGCAACUAUAUCAGAAAGUAGCAUGAAGAGUCUUAAUGGCUAUAAGGUUUUCAUUUCCAUUGCAUUGAUUCUUGGUGAUGGGCUUUACAAUUUUGUCAAAGUCGUCUACUUCGCGGUCACAAAUAUCCGUGCCAACAUGAAAAGGAAGAAUUUAAAUACAUUUCUGGAUAACCAGAAACAACUUCCUCUCGAUGACCUUAGACGGAACGAAGUUUUUACAAGAGAAAGCAUUCCCCUAUGGUUGGCAUGUGCAGGGUACAUCUUUUUCUCCAUCAUUUCCGCCAUUGUAAUCCCUUUGAUGUUUCCUCAGUUGAAGUGGUAUUAUGUGGUGUUUGCCUAUCUUUUUGCACCAUCUCUCGGCUUCUGCAAUGCUUACGGCGCAGGCUUAACCGACAUGAACAUGGCCUACAACUACGGGAAAGUGGCUCUUUUUGUGCUUGCAGCCUUGGCCGGGAAAAACGAUGGCGUAGUUGCUGGUCUCGUAGGGUGUGGCCUGAUCAAAUCCAUUGUUUCCAUUUCAUCUGAUUUGAUGCAUGAUUUCAAGACCGGCCAUCUCACAUUCACUUCGCCUCGCGCGAUGCUUGUGAGCCAAGCUAUCGGGACCGCAAUAGGCUGUGUUGUUGCUCCUCUCACAUUCUUCCUUUUUUACAAGGCUUUCGAUGUGGGGAACCCGGACGGAGUUUACAAGGCUCCAUAUGCCAUCAUAUAUAGAAACAUGGCAAUUCUUGGCGUGCAAGGGUUUUCCGCGCUUCCUCACCAUUGCCUGCAGCUCUGUUAUGGAUUCUUCGCGUUUGCUAUAGCAGCCAACUUGGUGAGAGAUAUUAGCCCUAGAAAGUUCGGGAGAUGGGUUCCACUUCCAAUGGCGAUGGCUGUGCCUUUCCUAGUUGGUGGUUACUUUGCCAUUGACAUGUGUAUGGGAAGUUUGAUUGUGUUUGCCUGGCAUAAACUGAACAAAAAUGAGGCGGGUUUGAUGGUUCCUGCAGUUGCUUCUGGGUUGAUUUGUGGAGAUGGAAUGUGGAUUCUCCCUUCAUCCAUUCUUGCUUUGCUAAAGGUUCGUCCCCCAAUCUGCAUGAGCUUCUUUCCAUCAAGGUAGAAAGUUCACACUUGUAGAGAUCAGAGGAAUUAGAUGCAGUCAAGUAAAGUGUAUGUUUGUUUUGGGGAUAGAUAACACAAACGUGAUUUCGCGUAGCUCAAGAUAUCAACGAAAAAACUAGAAUUUGUCAUGUUGGGUUUAACGUGAAUCGGAGAAGUAAGAUAUUAACAUGUUUACUUCAAUGUGGAUUCACGUUAAGUUCAAUGGAAAUGCACGUUAAGAUAAUUAUGGGUUUAAUGUCCUAGGAGGCUUGCUUGUGAGCAAUUCUUAUUCAAAAAUAGGAUCUAUGAUCAUAUGUAAUUCCACGUCAAUUAGCUAUUGAAGAAUUAGUAUAGAAAUUUUAUACAGAA